AUCAGACGGAGUCCGUGAGUGCAGCUUCAUUUCGCUAGAAUGUUAUCAUUUUAGUCGUCGCAAAUAAGUUGCAAAUCGCGCAAUAAUUUCUGCUACUAUUCCUGUUCUAUCGCUCUUUGCCUAGUGUGAACAUCAAAUAUGAGCUUCUCCAACUGCAAGUGUUCCUGUACGGCCUGCCUGGUAGGUUUGAGUCUGGCGGGUUUCCUGCUGUCGCUGUAUACCUCGUACGUGGAGAUACGGUCGGAACGAGAUCACGGCUAUCAGGCAAUGUGUGACAUAAGCGAGCAUAUCAGCUGCACCAAAGUGUUUACCUCCGCAUAUGGCCGUGGUUUCGGCCUAGUCGGUCCUGUAUUUGGCGAACAAUCGGCGUUAAAUCUACCGAAUGGAUUCUAUGGCAUAUUCUACUACUUCUUAAUGGCUGGUCUUUCUUUUAGUAACAAUCUCCGUGUUGCAUAUUUUGCAACAUAUCUCAUCGGCUUGUCCAACAUAUUAUCCAUCUACUUGGCCUACCUACUGUAUUUUGUACUGAAAGAUCUCUGCGUGGUUUGUGUGACAACCUAUGCCGUCAACUUAAUUAGCCUUAUAGUCGCUAUGCAGAAGGUACACAUAAUGGUUCGUGAAGAACAAGUUAUGAGACUCAUACGGAAAGAUCACUGAAUGCUGUUUUGUAUAAGAUAAAUAGUUGAUUUAAGAAUUAUUCAGAUUCAUGUCGCUUCGAGUUGUUCUAUAUCGUCGUUUUCCUUCUCUUAACACAAUUUUCAACGUACGCAAAUAUUGUAGGUAUGUUUCUUGCAAAAAUGUUUCUUGGUUUUAUAUCAGAAAUCGGAAAGUCAUAUAAUUUGAUGAAAUCCACGAGGAAGUCCAAUUAAACCCAUACACCAACAUUUUUAAAUGCAAUUUUUGAAAUAAGAAAAAAUAUGUGUUGCUUCAAUGUUGGAACAAUAAAGUAUUAUCCACUUAGAAUCGGGAAACAUGAUUGGUUUUAGAGCAGUGCCCGUCGAUUCUUGAAUGUUUUCAAAAUAUUCGUCGCCCAUUGCUGAUAGUUUCCAGGUCGACAUCGACAAUUAUACAAAUGAAAUUAGACAAAUCUAUCGUGUCACGAUCAUGUGCUCAUGUGCUUGAAAAUUUCCAUGAACAGAUAAACCUGUUCUGAAUAGUGAAUACAUCAGAGUAAUAACCUGGUCGCAUGGAACCUGCGAAGGGCAGCUAGGUUAUAAAACGAACACACAAAUGAACUUAGCAGCUACAACACACGCUCGAUCGAUCACGAUCACGCGACCAGGGGUGACAUUGCGAUUCUCGUUUCGAGUGAUUUUGGUUCGUUUCGCCCAUUUGUUUAAC